AUGACGUCUUGGGAACGUCUUGGAUAUAUUAUAUCUUUUUUAGUAGGUGUUUCACAAGUUCAAUGUGGAUCAUGGCAAGAAGAUUCGUGGCAAGGAGGUUCACAGGCUUUAAAUCCACCCGUGGACUGUGGCUCUGAAGGUUUUAGAAGAGAUCCAGAUGAUUGUAGUGUCUUUUACCAAUGUGCCCAUGACAAAGCCUACAGAUUCAACUGCCCUGGAAAUCUGAUGUUUGAUACAACACUUAACGUCUGUAAUUGGCCUAAAGAUGUGGACUGCAGUUCCAGUGGAGCUGGCGGCGGAGGUGGACAUGGUGGAGGUGGGCACAGUGGAGGAGGUGCGUCUAUGGGUGGAUCAUGGGAAAGUGAUGAUUAUGGUGGGGAUCAAGAUUGGUCCUACGAUGGCUAUGGGGGCGGAUAUGCUGAUAAUGGUGGUGAUAAGGGAAGUUGGGAUAGUGGAGGUAGUAACGCCUGGAGUAAGGGAGAUGGUGGUGGAAAUGAUAAAGGUGGAGAUGGAGAUUACAGUGGAGGAUAUAAUCAAGGUUAUGGGCAAGGUUAUAAUACAGGAUUUGGCAAAGGCUACCACGCCGCUGUUUCUAAAGCUAAAGCACAGACACCAAGUUAUGGUGGAGGCGGCGGUGGUGGUGGUGGUGAUAGUGAUUCGGAAUCUGACGAAGAUUCUGGAUACGGCGGAGGUGGAUACAAUAAAGGUAAAGGUGGAUAUGGGAGUAGCAACAAGGGCGGUGGAUAUGGCGGAGACUCUGAUGACUAUGAUAGUGGUAGCUCUAAAGGCCAUGGUAGUUCUGGAAGUUAUGGACAGAGUCACGGCGGAGGCGGAAGUGGAAUGGAAUUAUCGGGAGCACAUUCACAUAAAGGAGACAGCGGAUAUGGAAUGAGUGGCGGGGGAUAUGGAAUGAGUGGAGGCGGAGGAUGGGGUAUGGGUGGAGGAGGAUGGGGUACGGGUGGAGGAGGAUGGGGUAUGAGUGGAGGGUAUGGUAUGGGAGGAGGCAGUCAUGGGAUGGGAGGCGGUGGUAGUAGUUAUGGUGGGUCAAGUGACAGUUCAGGUGGAUUAUGGGGUUCCAGUGGCAAAGGAGGUGGAUGGGGAAAGGGAGGAUGGGGAAAAGGUGUAGGGGGAUCGGGCAAAGGAGGAUGGGGCAAGGGUGGAGGUGGAUGGGGAAAAGGGGGAGGUGGAUGGGGAAAAGGCGGGGGUCAGUGGGGUGGAGGUGGAUGGGGUAAAGGCGGAGGUGGAUAUGGCGGAGGCAGUUCCUCAGGUUAUGGCAAAGGUGGGGGAUAUGGGUUUGGUGCAGGUUACAAUAUGGGUGUAGGUGGUGGAAUGAUGGGAGGUGGGUAUGGAAAAGGCGGUGGAAUGAUGGGAGGUUACUUCCCGCAAAUGCCCGUCUUUAUGAAAGCGCCGACAUUUAAACCAUUUUUCAAGGGUAAUAACAAAGGGAUGUAUGCCGGUGGGUUAUUGUCCGGUUUCAUGGGAGGCCAAGGAAUGAAUUACGGAAUGAUGGGCCAAAAGGGGAUGAACUAUGGCAUGAUGGGUCAAAAGGGGAUGAACUAUGGCAUGAUGGGUCAAAAGGGGAUGAACUAUGGAAUGAUGGGCCAAAAGGGAAUGAACUACGGUAUGAUGGGUCAAAAGGGGAUGAACUACGGAAUGAUGGGCCAAAAGGGAAUGAACUAUGGAAUGAUGGGCCAAAAGGGAAUGAACUAUGGUAUGAUGGGCCAAAAGGGGAUGAACUACGGUAUGAUGGGCCAAAAGGGAAUGAACCAUGGAAUGAUAGGACAAAAGGGAAUGAACUAUGGCAUGAUGGGACAGGGCCAGAAGGGUAUAAUGAUACCAGCAAUGAUGGGUCAUGGCAUGAUGGGACAGCCAGGUAUGAUGGGACAGCAAGGCAUGAUGGGUGAAUACGGAAUGGGUAUGAGUCCUAUAAUGGUUCCGUAUCCAAUUGGCAAUAUGAAGGGCGAAACCACGACAAUGCCUACAACAACAUCGUCAUCAUUAGCUGAUCUACCAAAUAUUGUUAUCAUUGCAUCAAUGCUGCCUCCAUUUAUUCCUCCAUUCAUUGAAGAGGAUCCUUUCUGUACUGGUGGAUGUCGAAAGCUUCAGAUUAAACGUGGUGACAAUACUUCCAGAACAGCUAGAGACUUUUUUCUCAUGAACUCUCUUCUUGGUAAUGGAGUCAGUGGUUUGACGUCUGCACUUGUUCCACCGUUUGUAAAUAGCAACACACCAGCAUCCAACAGCCAAGCAACAUGUGCAGUAGUGAAGAGUUCUGGUCCUGCUGUCAAUAUACCAGUUACAGCCGCCGCUACGCAGAGCAUUGAUAAAAAUAAAUGUGAAGACAUAGAGUUUUUAUUAAAUGAAUAUUUAACUAAAUUAUUGGAGUCAUUUGGUGGAAAUGAUUCUUUAGGUUGCACCAUAGCUGUUCCUAAUAUAGAUAUUGCUUGUUAA